AUGGCAGACCGCGAUGACUUCACGGACAGCACAGACUGGUUGCAAACCCCUCUGGCCGCCCUCGCUCCGAUCGACGCCUCGCUGCGAUGCCAAGUAUGCAAGGACUACUUCACAACUCCUGUGAUGACUAGUUGUUCCCAUACGUUCUGCAGCCUUUGUAUACGAAGAUGUCUAUCUCAGGAAGGAAGAUGUCCGGCGUGUCGAGAGGAGGAUCAGGAAAUCAAGCUGCGGAGAAAUUGGGCCGUGGAAGAAUUGGUCGCCCAUUUCACUGCGUCGCGCAAAGGGCUCCUUACCCUUGCGACUGUGACAUUGGCUGCGGAAAGAGAACGAAAAGAUGAUCUCGAGUCUGAAAGACCAAAGAAGAGACGAAAAGUCGCACCGGAACCGACCAGCAACGGCAUUGAACGACGGAGUACUCGAAGCCAAAGUAGGAAGAAUGCCUCAGAUCCCGCCAGCCAACAGAGCCUCGCGUCCACUCCGGAAAUCAUAGAAGACAGCGAAGAAGAAGGAAGUGUAUACGAAGAUCCAGACAGCCACAAGAGCCCCCACUUCCUCAAUGGGAACGGCGAUCCGGAGCCUCAGGAUGGCCUUGUCCAGUGUCCCUGUUGCCACCGGCGCAUGAAGGAAACAAUCAUAAAUUCGCAUCUGGAUAAAUGCAUACAAGGCGACAGUCACACUCCGGUCGACGAUGGCGGAUCCGCGUCUUCUCCUGCUCCGCCUCCUAAUUCCCGAUAUAUCGCGACACCUGGCACAAUCGCUUACACCCUGAGGAAACCCUCCAAACAACAGGAGCGGCUGCCAUUCAUCAACUACUCCCUCCUUGCCGACAACGCGUUACGGAGAAAGUUGCGUGAUCUGGGAAUUCCGGAUCACGGCUCCAAAGACCUCAUGCGUAGACGCCACACCGAAUGGGUGAAUCUGUGGAACGCCAACUGCGAUUCCAGUAACCCAGUCACGAAAAGGGAAUUGCUCCGUGAGUUGAAGAUCUGGGAGGAUACGUUAGGACGGCAGCUGGACAGGUCAUCAACCACCGGAUUCAUGGCAAAGGAUUUUGACAGAGAGCACCAUGUGAAGAGUCAGAAAAGCAAUUUUGACGAUCUGAUACGUCAGGCUAGGGCAAGGAAACCCAAAGUGCCAGAGGAACAGAAAUCAUCUGCGGCAGAAAACCCAACGUUAGAUCCCGUUCCACAACAACUAACAGACCACUCGGCCGCCAAGGACCUUUCUGAAGCUCGCCCAACACGUUCCGGGGGUCCAAAUGGAGCUGGGGCAAUAUCAGUUCCCGAAAGUGCAGUCGAUGUACAAGAGCGAAUGCGAGCCGGAAUUCCACAGGCUCCCACCAACGGUCUAACACAGAAGACUGCGAUAGCGAUCCCAUCACCCACUUCAUUUGAGACCGCAGUAGAACCACGGCUGGACCUCCAGACCCCAGAGAGACCUCCUGGGAGGUACUUUGUGUGA